ACGUCACCGAAAGGAGGGGCUGCGGUGAAGUGCGGCUGCGCUCCGGUGUCGCUCUUGUCUCUGCGGUCGCUCAUAAUAACAGCAGCUCCAUCAUGUUGGUGUGCAGUGUCAGUACUGGAUACUACUGUACUAUGGGGGGACAGCUAGGGGGGCGCUAAGGACACCGCAGAGGGAUUACUGCGGCCGCCGCACAGCCUCUUCUAUCACCUACAGCAGGAGGACGUGCCCGGGCACUGGGGGCAAUCGUCUGAGCACCAGCUGGAGGGCUCUGCCUGGCCCGGCCUCCUUCCUUCUACUACCCGCAGAUAUGCGACUAGCGGCAAUGAAAAUGCAUUCCUUGUUGGCAUCAGAUAUUCUUUUAUGAAAGUCAUCUAACGGUUACAACCUGAGGACCUAGCUGCCCUUAACAGCAUGGCUGGUUUCAAGAGAGGAUAUGAUGGGAAGAUUGCUGGACUUUAUGAUCUUGAUAAGACCUUGGGCCGAGGACAUUUUGCAGUUGUCAAGCUUGCUCGUCACGUCUUUACAGGUGAAAAAGUAGCUGUGAAAGUCAUCGACAAGACCAAAUUAGACUCCUUAGCUACUGGGCAUCUUUUUCAAGAAGUCCGAUGCAUGAAACUGGUGCAACACCCCAACAUAGUUCGUCUGUAUGAAGUGAUUGACACGCAAACCAAAUUGUAUCUCAUUCUAGAACUUGGCGAUGGAGGCGACAUGUAUGAUUACAUAAUGAAGCACGAGGAAGGCCUCAGUGAGGAUCUGGCCAAGAAAUACUUUGCUCAGAUUGUGCAUGCGAUAUCAUACUGCCAUAAGUUACAUGUGGUGCACAGGGACCUCAAACCAGAGAAUGUUGUGUUCUUUGAGAAACAGGGCCUUGUGAAACUGACCGAUUUUGGCUUUAGCAACAAGUUUCAGCCUGGGAAAAAGCUGACCACAAGCUGCGGAUCGUUGGCUUACUCUGCUCCGGAGAUACUUCUUGGGGAUGAAUAUGAUGCUCCUGCAGUAGAUAUUUGGAGCCUGGGUGUAAUUCUCUUCAUGCUGGUGUGUGGGACUCCUCCAUUCCAAGAAGCAAACGACAGCGAAACCUUGACUAUGAUAAUGGACUGUAAAUAUACUGUACCCAAGCAUGUGUCCAAGGAGUGCAAAGAUCUGAUCACUCGGAUGCUACAGCGAGAUCCCAAGAGAAGAGCCUCUUUGGAGGAGAUUGAAAACCAUCCUUGGCUCCAGGGAGUUGACCCAUCUCCUGCAACAAAGUACAACAUUCCUCUAGUGUCCUACAAGAAUCUCUCAGAGGAAGAGCAUAACAGCAUCAUACAGCGGAUGGUUCUCGGCGACAUAGCAGAUCGCGAUGCCAUUGUAGAUGCCUUGGAAACAAAUAAAUACAACCACAUAACCGCUACUUACUUCCUGUUGGCCGAGAGGAUUCUGCGAGAGAAACAGGAAAAAGAGAUACAGGCACGCUCUGCCAGUCCCAGCAACAUCAAAGCCCAGUUUAGGCAGUCCUGGCCCACAAAGAUUGAUGUCCCUCAAGACUUGGAGGAUGAUCUGACAGCUUCUCCAAUAGCCCAUGUGGCUGUUGCAUCUACUCAAGCUCGCAGCACAGAUAAUGUGCUUAAUGGACAUAGAAACAAAGGUCUUGUGGAGCCCCUGAAAAAAGAGGAUGUACCAGAUUUUGCUGGUCCCGCAGCCUCAGGCGUUCUUCCCGUGAAUCUAAACCCAUCAACUAGUGGUAGAAAAUGCCUUUUCAGAGUGGAAGAGGAUGAAGAGGAAGAUGAAGAAGAUAAGAAACCCAUUUCCCUUUCCACACAAGUUGUUUUACGGCGCAAACCUUCUGUUACAAACCGACUAACAUCAAGAAAGAGUGCUCCAGUGCUUAACCAGAUUUUUGAGGAAGGCGAAUCUGACGAUGAGUUUGAUAUGGACGAGAAUCUUCCUCCAAAGCUUAGUAGAUUAAAAAUGAACAUUGCAUCUCCUGGCACUGUACAUAAAAGAUACCAUAGGAGGAAAAGCCAGGGUCGGGGCUCAAGUUGCAGCAGUUCAGAAACAAGUGAUGAUGACUCUGAGAGCCGAAGGCGGCUAGAUAAAGAUAGUGGGUUUACCUAUUCUUGGCAUAGACGAGACAGCAGUGAAGGUCCACCUGGAAAUCAAGGUGAUGGGGGAGGCCAAAGUAAACCAAGCAAUGGAAGUGGAGGUGUUGACAAAACCAGUCCAAGCGAUAAUAAAGGAGGGGGUAGCCCCUCCAAUACUUCUAGUGGUAACACCAACAACUCAUCUGGAAACACCCGCACCUGCUCUGGUUCUGGUAACCCAGUGCAGCAGUCGCCAAGAAGUGCAGGAGAACUUGUAGAGAGUCUAAAAUUAAUGGGUCUUUGCUUAGGUUCCCAACUGCAUAAUGGGGCCAAGUAUAUAAUUGACCCCCAAAAUAACCUGUCCUUCUCAAGUGUCAAAGUGCAAGAGAAGUCCUCUUGGAAGAUGUGCAUAAGCUCAAAUAGUAGUGCCAGUAAAGCUGCCCCAUCUAGCGGUAUAAAGUUAUUCUCUGAUCAAAUGUCAGACACCACUAAUGAACUGGAACGUCUCAAGAACAAGAACUUUAAGAAUAAUGUAUUACAGCUACCUCUGUGUGAAAAAACAAUUUCUGUGAAUAUCCAGCGGAAUCCCAAGGAGGGACUGCUAUGUACCGCUAGUCAAACCAGUUGCUGCCAUGUCAUAUAACAAUGGCUUAAUGUACAGAGCAGUAAAAUGCCAUUGUUUGUGGCUGAGGACAUUUGCUGUUUGUGUAUUCCAUUUUGUCGUCUUCGUUUUUUAAAGUGGGCUUCAUGGGCAAUUAUUUAUUAUUAUUUCCCCCCCCCCCCCCCAGGUAGAUCAGCAGCAUGUUUUUAUUUUGUGCAGGCUGCUAGACGGCACUAUCUCUUCUGCCGACUUUUUAUUAUUAUUUUUUUAUUGUGUAACUUUUAACUUGUUUAACGAAAAAUCAUGUUGAGUGUGACCUACAAGCAUACAGUGUGAGGAACACUUAAGUCUCAUUUUCAGCACUUAAGCUAAGGAGACCUUCCUGGAUUUCCUUUUUCUCAUAAUUCCAGUCCUUACUCUUGUAAUUGUGGUGUAUGUGUGUGUGUGUGUGUGUGUGUGUGUGUAUGUGUGUGUGUGUCUGAGAGAGAACCAAAGCAAUAAUGUUUUGUCAUUGAAUCUGCCCCUUGGGGUAGAUUGGCAUAUUCCAAGGCUUGCACAAAUUAAAGAUGCACUGAAAACAGUGUUCCAGCUAUCAUUUCCAAUAGCUGACUUAGAAAUAUUGGAACAUGUCUCAGACCAGUCCCAAAUUAAACUAGUGUCUAAAAACAUUAAAGCAGAUUUAUUUUUUUACAUUAAAUAAGACAAUCUUUCUUUCCACCAUUUUGUAUAUUUUAACAGUCAUGUAAAGUGGUCAGUGCAGGUUUAAUCCACCAGUUUUCCUGAUUCAUUGGGGUGAACAAUGAAACCAUGUCCUGUAUAAAGCUGAGCAGUGGUCUGGAUAUAAAGCGAACCAUGUCGGUGUGGUUGUUUACAUAGCCAAUUUCCAGAAUCCUUGGUGCACAUUUUGCAUUAAUGUUGGGUUUAGCAUUUAUUUUAAGUAUUUAAUGUUCUACUGUAAAAUAUGUCUAUUUUUUUUUUUUUUAUAUAUAUAUAUAUAUCAAACUUGUGUAGGAUCGUUUCGAGUUGCAUAUAGUAAAUUAUAUAUUUCUGGAUAUCCUGUAAAGAUUGAAAAAUAUAAUUUAUCAAAUUAUGAAACUAAAAAGGAUUUAUAAAAAACAAAAACAAAAAAAAAAAGCUGUCAUCUAGUAUAAAUGGCAGUAUAUUUAUUUUCCCAUUAAGUGACCUGUAGUAAAAAUAAAUCUAUUUGUUCAUGCAUUCGUUUUGCUAGUGAGGAGUUUUAAAGUUUGCCCUGUAUGUAGCAUUUGGAUGCCUGAUUCAGCUAAUGCCCAGGAGCUGAUGGCAAGACAUUCAAACCUGUAGUAAAAUCUUACAGAUCUGAACAGUGCCGCAGAUCUGAGCAGCCAGACUUCAAAGACCACAGAUGCAGUCCUUUUGUAACCAGAAGCUCCAUUAGAUUUCAGUUUUCUUGAUAAGUACAUUGGUUGGCCAGAUAUCGAAUAUAUCUAAGAUUUACAGGGGCAUAAUAAAAUGGACAAAGGUCUGAAUGUUUGGCACCCAAGUCCAAUUUUAUUAUUGAAGAGCAGAUAAUACAACCAGUUUUGCAAAGUCUGUACACACAGAAGUGUUCAUCCCACAAGUAACUUUACACCCUCUAUUCUUUUUGGCUUUUAUUGGCUGUGGAAGUGCUUUUUUGUCAGUAAAACUUUAGAUUAAAUAUAAAUGCUUGCUCUUUAACAGUAAUUUGUAGUGGACAGCUGGCUAUUUUUCACCCAGGGCAUUAACAAUUAGGUGGCUCUUGUACCUGGAUCAGGAGUUUCAUAUUUACAGUAACAGUGAACAUAGAGCCAUGGUAGUUCAACAACUUUGCAAGCAUCCAUAAUAUAUACGUUUUCUUUUUUCUUUUUUUUUAUACAGUGGAACCUCGGAUUGCGAGUAACGCGGUUAAUGAGCGUUUCGCAAUACGUGCACUGUAUUUUUAAUAAUCGUAACUCGGUCUGCGAGUGUUUUCUCGCAAAACAAGCAGAAUUCAGGACAAAGCGGUGUGCAGUACCACGCUUGGCCUGCAGUGGGGUGGUGCCAGAGCCAAAUGGUGCCGAUCGGAAAAAUGAACAAAAAGGCCAGAGGACAGCUCAGCUGACCUUGGCAAAUCUCGAGAACGGAGUCUUUCCGAGGCCAGCCGAGGUGUCCUCUGGCCUUUCCGAGGCUCUCCGGCGCCCCCCACCUCUGGCCGCAUGCGGUACUGCAUUGCCAUUGAACUCAACGCGGAACAAAUUAUUUUAGUUUCCAUUGACUUCAAUGGGCAAACUUGCUUUGAUAUGCGAGUACUUUGGAUUAUGAGCAUUCUACUGGAACGGAUUAUGCUCAUAAUCCGAGGUUCCGCUGUAUCUGUAAACUGGUUGUUUUAAAUGGUCCAGUGACUUCAGUUAAACAGCAACAUGGGCGCUAUGUUUAGUCCUUUUUACUCUUCUGCUGAAGCUAGUCAUUGACUUUACAUCACACCGGGGCACAAUCUGACUGGGAAAUAUUUUUUUCCUUAUUCCAUUAUUUAAAUGCUUUAUGGUUAUGGAUGAAACAAAGAAGAGAUGAGGGAAACAUACUAAAGUGUACACACGGACUGGAAAUCGGAUCAGUUUGGCAAGGACUGGCCUAAUUCAAACUGCAUGUACCCCUUCCGAUUUAACAGAUGCUGAUCAUUACAUCAACUUCUGUUGAAUGAUCCUGCUGGAAAAACAGCAUUCAAUUAGCUACUGCAGCCAAUGACAUUUUGAUCAGUGUCUUGUAGCCCAUCGGCUGCAGCGCUGAUCACUGUAUACCGACAGUGGAGGAGUUCCACUGUCAGAAUACUAUAGCACAUUGGGAGAUAUUGCUGCAUUCAUCUCACUUGUGUUAAAGCUGGUUGAAUGAAAAAAAAAACUGUCUACCUAGUUUAACAGUCAGCAGAAACUUAACAAACCACAGAAAACCUAAAUAGCCUAGGGCUUCUUAACAUAAGUGUCCAAAUUGAGCUGCCCAGACUGCUUUUUGAUUUCGGGGAACUCGCCUAGACUCAAUGGUUGGAAGGAUAUACGAAGUCAUAAAGCUUUAUAAGCACAACUGCUUUCUUACACGUGGCUUUCUAUUGCAAAAAAAAAA